AUGACUACUACCAAACAAGUCAUGAAGCUCGUCUACAUUCUCCUCAUCCUAUUCACCUUCACCGUCUCUCCGGCGAUCUCAACGGCCCCGGAAGGUUGCGAUAGCGGUUCGGACAAUCCGUGCAUCAACAAGGCUAAGGCUUUACCACUCAAAAUCGUAGCCAUUGUAGCCAUCUUUACGACAAGCUUGAUAGGUGUAACCACUCCUCUUUUCAGCCGUUACAUUUCGUUCCUCCGUCCUGAUGGCAACGGUUUCAUGAUCGUAAAAUGUUUUUCUUCCGGAAUCAUCCUUGGAACCGGUUUCAUGCACGUCUUGCCGGACUCUUUCGAGAUGUUGUCAUCAAAAUGUCUUAGCGAUGAGCCGUGGCAUAAGUUCCCUUUCGCGGGAUUUGUAGCUAUGUUGUCCGGUCUAGUCACUCUAGCCAUUGACUCCAUUACCACCAGCCUUUAUACCGCAAAAAGCGCGGUCCAACCAGCGCCUGAGGAGUAUGGCAUUGAUCAGGAGAAGGCCACUCACAUUGUAGGUCAAAACCACAGUCACGGUCAUGGUGUUGUGCUAGCGGCUAAAGAAAAUGGACAGCUUUUGCGGUACCGUGUCAUUGCUGUGGUAUUNGAGCUUGGNAUUUUAUUUCAUUCCGUGGUCAUUGGACUAUCUCUAGGAGCUACUAAUGAUGCAUGUACCAUUAAAGGUCUCAUCGUAGCUCUUUGCUUCCAUCACUUGUUCGAGGGCAUGGGUCUUGGUGGAUGCAUCUUCCAGACAGAUUUUAAAAAUGUGAAGAAGUUCUUGAUGACAUUCUUUUUUACUGUAACAACACCUUCUGCUAUAUUUCUCGGAAUCGCAUUGUCGAGUAUUUAUCGAGAUAACAGCCCAACCGCGCUUAUUACGGUCGGGCUGUUGAAUGCUUGCUCAGCCGGAAUGCUCAUCUACAUGGCUCUAGUUGAUCUUUUAGCCACCGAGUUCAUGGGAUCAAUGCUUCAAGGUAGCAUCAAACUUCAGAUCAAAUGCUUCACGGCCGCUUUGUUCGGCUGCUCCGUAAUGUCGAUCCUUGCCAAGUGGGCUUAA